AUGGCGAUCUGUACUUAUAACGCACGUACGCUUGCAUCGGAAGCGGCCAUCGAAGAUCUGAUGAUGCAAGCCAAGAAGAUCAAGUACGACGUCAUCAGACUGACCGAGACGAGACGACGUCACCCUCUCAACGCCGUAUAUGAGACUGGAGAAGAACUGUUCUUAGGAACAUGCGACAGUAGAGGUGUUGGUGGAGUUGGCGUCCUCGUCAACACGAGAACGGCAAAGAACAUCGAUUCUUUCGAACAACUUACGACCCGAAUUGGACGUUUGCGGAUAAGAAGAUGUGGUCCAACACCAGCUUUGACUAUCUUCGUCGCUUACGCUCCAACAUCAAGCUACGAAGAAGAAGAAGUCGAAGCUUUCUAUAUGGACCUGGAAAAGUUCUACCGAGAAGACCUUACCUUCUACAAGGUCAUAAUUGGCGAUUUCAACGCCAAGGUUGGCCCAAGAAGAACGCCGGAGGGACUUCACAUCGGGACCCACGGCCUAUAA